AUGCAUUCUACGCGUGUCCUCCUCUCCGCUCCCGCCAAGGCCGUUCAAGCUGUGUCUGAGCUACCACUACGCACAACUCAAAGGGUCAGAUCCUUCCAUUCCAGCUCGUCUCUCCCACAGCAAAAUCAAAAUCGGGUGCUCGACCUCUUCCGCACUCCUCCCCAAUUCCACGAUGCGCUCCGCCUCUGCUCCGCCAACAACACGCUCCUCCUGACUCUCUUUACAACCUCAACAUGCACGUCCUGCCGCACAAUUACACCGCUGCUUCAAUCCCUCGUUGAAAAGCGUCCCUCGUCCAGUGAAGACCGGUACUCGGCGCUCGCGUUCGCGGAACUCCAGCUAGAUAGGCCGGGUACAGGUGCUGGGAACAUGUUUGAUUUGGCGGUGGAGUAUGGCGUGAGCAGUAUGCCGACCCUGAUGGGAUUUGGAGGACGGAGAGCGGAGCGCGUCACGGAACGACUGGUUGAUACGAGGGUGAUGAGUGAUGGAAGGAGAAUGACGACGUGGGUGGAUGAUCAGAUGAGGAAAGGGGAUCGGUUCCCGGCGAGUAGUCAAGAUGGGAGUAAUGGGGCUACAAUACUGACCGUGUCACCGGAACCACACUACCUUGCCGAUUUCUGGACGCACCUCACCACCCACGACCCUGAGUUUUCCACCACCGAGUCUAAGAAACGUCUUUCCAUCCGGCUGAGCGAUAUGCUGCUCAAGCAGAUCACGCUGAUCGGAGCACCACAGGUUCUCAGUGCGUUGAUCCCCCUUGCCCACAGGCAGACCGGUGGUAAAGGAGAAGAGAACCGAGGUGAAUUGGAUUUAGACCAGUGGUCCGACAAGACCUUUCCCGCUCUACACGCUCGAGGCAUCGAAACAAUAACCAGCAUCUACGGCACCCUGUGGCCCACCAUUUUCAAAACCUUCGGCCCCCAUCGCUCCUCCAUGGGUCUACACGAACUCACCAUCGUCUACGGCCUGUACCUAUCCGAUUUCACUCACCUCUCGGCCCUGGAGACCGAACUUGUUGCCUUCACAUGCAUCACUGCCCAGGGACUUCGGGGCCCGAGUCUCUGGCAUGUCCGUGGACUCGGGCGUGUACUGGGUGCGAGGGGCAAGGAUGACGAGAUUCCCAAGAUGAGACGGAUCAAGGAUGUCAUCCGGGGUGUUAAGGUUGCAGCUAUGCGGGCCGUGGAGUUUUGUGGGAGUGAGAUGGUGGUUAAGUCAAGGCUAGAUGGGGGAAAGGACGGGACGCAGUGUUGGCCUAAUGUCGGCGACGUGGUGAGGGAGUUAGGUGGGUGGGGAGAUGAUGAAUGA